AUGGCAGACAUAAGAGUGUUCUCUACAAACUGUUCGGUGAAAGAUCAGUUGAUAAACGAAAUAAAAUCAGGAAUAAAGAGGAUAGCAAUGUUUAACAGUUCUCUCCUGGAGAUAGUAGACACAGGUAAUAGUAUCACGAGAAGACUUUUCUUAGUCUUAUUUUUGUGAGUCAGUUAAACAAUAUUAUGACUUGAUAAAUUUCCUGUCUAUAUCAAAGUUGAAGAUCCAAUCGGUCAUCGGUUGGGAAAAGCUUCGUACAGCGUCGUAGCCAGGAUUUUUUUAGAGGUAGUCACAAUUUUUCACAUUCCGUCCCCCCCUCCCCCGCCCAUCUACCUCUUUUUAGACCUCAGUUCAUCACACGUACGUAACGUGCGUACCGUGCCAUGCAGCCGACGUGCCUGUCGUAUAAGCGUUUUUGUCUUUGAACGAAAGGCCCUUACAUCUAAAUUGAUUAACUGUAUUAAUCUGUAUCAGGAUAAAAAUUCUUAUAGUUACGUUCGUAGCAUUCUAUUGUAGUCAAGUCCCUAAAUAUCCUUAAUUUGUUUUAUCUCUAGAGAACUGUAAAUGUCCUCCCGUACUCGUUAACCUUAAUCUGACCAAGGACCUACAAGACCUUAAAGAAAAUAUUACAGUGCGCGGACAGACCAAAAUACCUUUAACUGCAAGUGUAAGCCGCGUUACCUGUAGCUUACCAGAAACAACAAGAUACUGGCACAUAAUUCAGAUUAACGAUCCUCCAGAACACUACAAAAUAAAGUUUCUUCAACUUCAGCUUAACAAGUCUAAAUCUAUUACAGUAACGCGAAGUCUGGAAAAGGAUGUAUUCUUGUACGUCAGUUACAUAUUUAAAGGUCUUGCACACGGCAAGAUCAUCGGAUAUGAUUAUGGUUACUUUAAGGUCAAACGUGAUCCCCCGAUCGCAAGCAUUAUGGGACUGUCAUGCGCUUCUAAAGGAGAGGGGAAUAUCAUCCUUAAUGGAUCGUUGUCGUAUAACCCAGAACCAGUUGGACAACUCAGUUUUACAUGGCUCUGUCGGAGAACUUAUGAAACAUUUUCUACUCCCUCCUAUAAUGUUGAUCUUCCAAACAUGCGCACAAACGUUUCCAAAGGUUGCUUUGGUAACGGUCCCGGAAUACUUAGCGCCACAACAAAUGUCCUUGUUGUUGAUGUCGACAAGAUGGAGGAGGGACAGACUUACGUGUUUGAGCUAAUUAUUACAAGUGGUCGGAAAACAUUUAACGUCAGUCAUCAAUUGACCAUUCACCAGGAAGUAAUUUUUUUUAUUAGGUAAGCUAUAGUCUAGAAAGAAAACUGUUUACGAAACAAGGAGAUGAGACGAUGAGACGAUUAAAUUGAGAUAAACGAGAACGAUAAAGAUGGACUGAACCGCACGAUUAAGUCGUGACGAGGGAUAAGAUCAUAUUUAAGUGUUACUUUUUGCGUUAUAUGAAUAAUAAAUUAUUAUUAUUACCAUUGUCACUGUUGUUAUCGUUAUCGUUAUGGUUAGCGUUGUCGUUGUCGUUAUCGUUAUCGUUAUCGUUAUCGUUAUCGUUAUCGUUAUCGUUAUCGUUAUCGUUAUUGUUAUUGUUAUUGUUAUUGUUAUUGUUAUUGUUAUUGUUAUUGUUAUUGUUAUUGUUAUUGUUAUUGUUAUUGUUAUUGUUAUUGUUAUUGUUAUUGUUAUUGUUAUUGUUAUUGUUAUUGUUAUUGUUCGCAGACCUCGGAAAGAAAUUUUAUUCUUGAUCACCGAUUUUGAAACUAGACGUUAUGCUGUUGCACUCAAAACGGGUUGUUUUCAGUGUAAUAUUCUUUAUUUGCAGUUGCAGUUACAACUGUGGCCCCAAACCAGUUAAUCCCAGGAAACGAACGGUCAUAAAAUCAAACUGUACAGGACGUCUUUGCAAAAACAUAACACGCUACGAAUGGACUUUGUUUCAAUUGGACUCUGCUGAUGUGAGCCGUUCUUGGAAAGAAGUCUCCGGCUUAGAGUACAAUAAUCCAGACUUAGAACUGAUUAGUAAUUAUUCACUUAAAGUGAAUACUUCUUACAAGAUAAAAGGUUCAAUUGAAGUGAUGAAAGGCAAGAUCAAGAAAAAAUAUUCAAGUUUUAAUGAGAUAACGUUUCAAACUAUGUCGCCCUUAUUAACUCCCAACGACACAUGUAAAGUAACACCGAAUGAGGGUUUUGCUUUGGAAACGAACUUCACAAUUGACUGUGACGGUUGGCAAGACCAAUAUGCAAACCUAACUUAUUCUUUCAGGUACGUUUCCUUAUGAUUUGAACUAGUUAUAAUGAUUUUCAAGGGAAACGAGAGUUACAUUGCUGUGUUAUUAUCUGUUCUAUUAUUUGUUGGGCAUUUUUGCUCUCAUUUUUUGUCGGGGAGGAGGGUUACCAAAGCCAAUGACAAAUAUUUUUCAUGAAUAAUAAUGCUGGUUAAAUCGAUGUUGGAGUUGUUUGAAUUUACUGUUGUUUGAAAUAAAAUUUUGCGAUGAGAUUUCAAUAACGAAAAUGUUUGCUUGUUCUCCUGGAAUUAACGAUCAAUCGAACGCACUAUAAGUUUUUCUAUUGACUUGCCAGCUCUAUGAGUAAAGAUAACAAGGUCUUCAACUUUCUCACUCCUUAGCUGUAAACUUUUUUUAAUGAUUUCAAUACUAGUUACAUUACUUCUACUGGCUCAGUUAUUUUGGAAAGUGCAACCCCGAUCCAUUACAUAUCAACAAGUAUUCCUGAAGGAAAACGAUCUGAAGGCCACAAUGUUACGAUACUUGUAAUCAUAGAAGAUACGACCGGCGCAAGUCAUCCGGACAAGUUUAUUGUGAAGGUACAUUAUAAUUUCUUUUAUUAUGAAUAAUAAUUAAGCUAGAUCGGACAUGUACUGGGAGACAGUAUUGGAAAUGCUUCUCCUUUGUAAAGCUCCUAGCUGCGAGAAAAGAUGGAUGAGGCUACUGAGUUUUAGAUUCAGCCAACAUUUUGUAAAACUUGAAAAAUGGGAAACUCACCAUAAUCAAGCCUACGUUUUGCCAAAUAAUUUAUCAUAAAUAGUUAUUAAUAACAAAGAGGACGUUUUUUAUCGUUGUUGUGAUUGAUGUUUUGUACAGCAGAAUGAUUGAAAAAACUUUACCCUGGCAGAACAACUACAGUUAUUUAUUUAUUUAUUUAUUUAGGAUAUAGAUGACAUUGUCGUUUGUCUACAUUGUCUUUUGUCUACGGCAUAUUAUCUUUCAUUUCGCUAGAAUUGACCUAAAAGCAAUGUACACUUCCUAGCUAGGCUAUGUUCACAGUAUACUGGAUAUCUUUUCGUGGCGCCACGAAAACCUAGCAUCCAGCAUAGAAUUAACAUUAACAGCCCCUUUUGGCACAUGUCGUUCACACACAUCGAACAAAGUGUCGGCGCGGUUAACCGCGAUGUUUGGUGUACUAAAUUUCCGUCCUCAUUCCUGAAUACAGUAUUUACUUCAGUUUCAGUGGCUUCCAGUCCCCGCUCCUUCUUACUUACUUCAGCGACGGGCCAAAUAGGUGUUCACACCGCACUACUGAGUAUGGCACAAACCGAACAGAUAUUUGACUCUCAACUUUCGAGAUCUGCGCCGCGCAGCUUCGCUCUUUCACAGAAAUCACGCCGCCACAACAUUUCCUGUGUGUGAGCAGAAGCCCUUUCGGGUAUGAUUUUCGUGGUGGUGCAAAGUAUAUCCUGUAUAGUGCAAACACAGCCUUAGAUUGCGAAGCCCAGAGUCCUCGGGAAUCUUACGAUUCCGCUAAUACCUACCUACCGGUAACAUAAUGUAACCGCUGACGUUAACAUGUGAUUGCCGUCAUGUUGCCUAGACGUUGUCACGUGUUAACGUUAUAUUUCUGUUUCCGGAUUCAUGAACUUUAGUUUUGUGAUAUAUGUAUAACUGUUGUUGUUAAUAAAGGUGAGGCCGUCUACAAAUACAUCAAAUGUGGCACAUGCAAUUGGUGACUUAGUGAAGAAAGGCGACGUCCGCAGAGCUACUACUACGGCCAUUUCUUAUCUUCUUGGUUCCAAUGACAGUCAGGUAAGUGUUUAAUGAAUCAUUAUCUUAACUGAACAUGUCACUUAAGAUUUUCAUGUCGUCGUUUAAAGUUGUCAUUGCGCAUUAGUUUUGCCUUUCACGCCUUGUUAUGUAAAUACAUACCCUGCGAGCAGAGGUUUCUUUCUGGCAUGGCUUAUAGCAUUUACGAAGUUGUCCCCGCCACUUGUCAGUCGCGAAGUCCGUUUGUUUACGUAAACAAACCAACUACGCCGCUGAACACGUUCCAGGUUCCCUGUUAAAAAAAUGUUACAACUUUUUUCGAUUUGAUAUCCCUUAUUUUGAGUCCCAAAUUCUACAGAACGAAGUGAGCCCUUCUAUUCCCCCGCCUUCCCUCUCCCCCCCCCCCCUCCAAAAAAAACAUAAACAUAGACUAAUGAUGAAGCCUUUUUUACCACUUCAGAGCAAGGACACCAUUUUGAGUUCUAUGGCUAAAGUUAAAGUCACAAAGAUCAGCGAGGCAACUCAGCUUACAACUAUUGCUGUUUUGGCAACUCAACAAAGAGACAAAAUUCCUCUUGAAACCCUGGCAAGUAUUUGAUAAUGGCCGAUAUUAUGCCCGGGAGGAAAAAGCGGUCUGAGACUUAAAUGUCCUGUAAAAACAGUUAUUAAGACAGACGCAUUUCAUUUAAAAAAAUACAAUGUACAGUAUUCUGUUAAGUGCGCCCCUGUAAUUUUAAGGUCUCUCUCUGAAUUUAAAGAGGGUCUGGAUGGGGUUAACUGACAACUGAAAAAUAGCCGAAAAUUUAACUGACUACUGACAUUUGCCUUGGGUUUUACUUUUAACUGACAAAGGACCUGAUUGUCCCUUAUUUUCUACAAAACCCAUUUCUAAGUCCUUAAAUAGCAUUGUUCCACUCUUUUCAUCAGACAAUGUGAUCAUACGUGCGUUUUUAGGGGUAAUCUUAACAGCAAGACGCUUAAGUGUGAUAUUUCGUUAAUGAUUUUACUGUAAAACCCAUGUGUUUCAUGAACCAUCUGUUGUAAAUGACCUAUCAUCUCAAAUUUAAGCUUCUCUGAAUGGCUGCUCAGAAUGAGGGCGUUACAAAAACAAUUGCAAGUUUUUACUGAGAUGAUUCAGGGACGGUUUUUCUUGGUCGUCUUACGAUCUUCAUCCCAAUAUCAUACCUGCCAACUUUUUCUGAGUCAAAUGCGUGGGCCUACCCCCCAAAACUUAAAAUGUUAAACAUUAUACCUAUCGUCAAAGCUGACGACGAGACCGACACUUCUAAUUAUAGGCCAAUUUCAUUAUUAUCUAAUGUCAAUACAAUCUUCGAAAAAAUUAUGUACGGCAGAAUGAGAGACUUUAUUAAAAAGUACAGCCUAUUAUAUUCGUCUCGAUAUGGUUUUCGUCAAGCUCACUCAACCCAACAUGCUAUUCUUGAUAAUAGAAACUAUACAAACCAACAUGGACAACGAACUCUUUUGAUGUGGCGUUUUUAUUGCCUUAAAAAAAGCCUUUGACACCGUGAAUCAUACUAUUUUACUUGAUAAACUAAAUUAUUAUUGUUUCCGUUGGAAUUGUCAAUCAAUGGUUUUCCUCUUAUUUAUCAAAUCGCACACAGACUACUGAAAUUGGCUCUCAUAUAUCGAGUAAAAUAAAUAUCAAUUGCGGCGUACCGCAAGGAUCUGUCCUAGGCCCACUUCUCUUCUUACUUUAUAUAAAUGACAUCCAAUAUUGUUCGAGCAAACUCCAAUUUUUCCUUUUUGCUGACGACACUAACGCUCUUUAUGCUCAUAAAGAUUUAAAGACACUGAAACUAACAGUAACUGCAGAAGUACACAACUUGUAUAACUGGCUGACUUCAAAUAAGCUUUCUCUGAGUAUUAAAAAGCCAAACUAUGUAAUUUUUCGUCCACACCAAAAAAAAAACCCAACUAUGAUCCCCAGGUUAUUUUUGACAAUAAAAUCAAUAAAAAGGUUACCCUUGAACACAAAACUUUUAUUAAAGAUCUUGGACUGUUAAUCGAUGACAAUAUAUUUUGGAAGACCCAUAAUCACUCUAUUGCAAACAAAAUAAGUAAACAACUGGGCUAAUUGCGAGAUUAAAAAAUAUUGUUCCCACUUGCACCCUCCUAAAUAUUUAUCAGUCACUAAUUACACCUUAUCUAACCUACGGUCUUUUUAGGCUUGGGGCAACGCGUGUAAAACUUUCCUUGACCAAAUUCUUGCCCUUCAAAAACGCGCACUGCAUUUAAUAUAAUUUGCUGAAACAAACCACCACGCAAUACCUAUUUUUGUCAAUGCAAAAAUUCUAACUUUACAGGCUCUAUAUUAUGAAUCCGUUUGUAGUCUUUUGUAUGGUGCAAAUAAAAACACUGCUUCGAAUAAUAUUUAGAAACUCUUCUCUCGAAUUUCUAGUGUUCAUAAUUACAAUACUCGUGCCUCAACCUCUGAACAUUUUUAUACUAAAGAAUCUCAAGUCAGUGUCAAACGAAAUGCUUUCUCGCGUGUUGGGGUCAAAAUUUGGAAUGGGAUACCUCAAAUUCUCAAAGAAAGACCGAAAAAAGCUUUUAAAAGAUCACUACAAGCAAUGCUACUCGAUAUCCUUCAAACUGAACACUCCUAUAUUGAUGUUGAUACGACUAUUGUGAAAAUGAAAAAGUAAUUCUCUUGUCCUUUAUUUUCAUUUUAUUUUAUUUUUAAAAUUUUACUCCAAUAUUGUCCCUGUAUUUAAGUAGAAUAGUAUUUAUUGACUGUAAAUUAUAUAUACUUAUAUAACGUCUACUUUCUUUGUAUUUGUCGAGUUUGUAGUAAAUUAUGUAGCCUGGCAUGCCUCGAAUAGCCUCGCUAGUAUGGUAUUUUGUUAUAUUUCCAAAUUUAAAUAAAGUUGAAUUUCGCAUCAAUAAUGUCCAAAUAAAUUUCAUUUCAUUUCGUAAUUUCCUUUUUUCAUAGGAGAAUACUGCUAGUGUGCUAGACAAUACAAUCAUCUUCCUUCUUAAAAAUGCUGUGAAUAACAGAGAUGAAGUUGAACAGAACAUUGGCAAAAACACUAUAAAAGGAUUGUCUAAUAUUCUUCACGCCUCUUCCAACGUGCCCGACAACCAGGUAAUUUUUAAGCAAAAUGGGUGAGAGAUUAUGGAACCCUAUUAUGGGGUCAAAUAGCUCCACUACUCGAAGUACAGAUCAUACACAAACUCGCAGUUUUUGCAUUCAGUGAGCCAAUAAAAAUGCUUACGGUAUUUCAUAUCGUGGACCAGCCCGUGCAAGUUAACCCUCAGACGUACAAGAGGUGGGUGGGUGGGGGGGGGGGGGGAUUGAAUGGGUGCACCCCCUCCCGGCGAGUUUGCAGAGUUUUCCCCAGCGGAUAAAUUCUCGGCUCGUGGCGUUCCCGGGGGGUGCUCGUUCAUCCCCCGUGAGAUUGUUGAAAAAGUUUCCGGUCUUGUCCUUUAAUUGGGUGUUAUCAUUUAGUGGGUAGACGAUCUAACAGUAGCGGUGGGAAAUCCUCGUUUAAAAGAAAAAUUUAUAAAAGUAAUGAGGGUGAAAGAAAGACACACUCUUAUAUGCACAAAAAACCCCCCACCUAGAAAAAAAAAACACAAAAAACUCUCGUUUUUUUUUAUAUAAAAAGAAAAAAAAAAAGUUUUUUGUUUUUUUUCCGGUGGGGCGCAGCCGGAGAAAGAACCCCCACGGGGGGGGGGGGGGGGGGGGGGGGGGGGGGGGGGGGAGUGGAUGGAUGCCACCCCUCCCUGAGAUUUUUCUGAGUUUUUCCCAGAGGAUAAAAUAUCAGCGCCUGACGUUUUCGGUAGCUGUUCUUUCAUCCCUCGCGCAAAUUUUGAAACAAGUUCAGUAGCUUUCAUUGAUAUUCAGUUGCUAUGGUUACGGGAUAUGACGUUAUAGGUAGCAGUUGGUCAAGCCAGUUUUGGGUGAAAAUACAUGUUUUUUCAACUUUUUUUCAACAAUAAAAGUAAAUCUUAAGACUAAAAUCAUGCAGAGUGCUUAUUUAUGUGUUAUUUAUCAUGUAAAGCUCCAAAAGUACUAUUUCUCGCGGUUUUAGCCUAAUUUCUAGUUCUUGGCAAAAUCCAGGAUGGCGACCGUUGUUGGUGACGUCACAGGCGUCCAGUAGCCCCACCACCCUUUUAAAAUAUACCUCAUCUUGUUAAGAGGAUCAAAGGCUUUCUACUAGGGCAAAAUCAUUUUCAAAUAUUGCAACAGAUCAAAAUCUCCGUGGAGGGGUUACCCCCCGUACCACGGUGGGGGUAUGAAUUUGGGUGUACGUCCGAGGGUUAAAAUGAUGUAGUCGUUGCCUCAAGGGCUAAGUGAAAACUAACAUUAAUCAUUAUUCCAUUACAGGCUAAAAAUGUAACUGAGAGAAUCCUUUUCCUAGUGGAUACACUUGCAACGGCACUGCUAUCCAUAAAAACAUCUGGCCAGAGACAGAGUGUCUAUGACAGCGAUUUCAUCAAAAUGAGACUUUGGCGACAAAGGCCAGCAAAUAUUGGAAACAAAACUUUCAGUGGACAUGAGGAAGAGGGAAAUGUGACCUUUCCAUCUGCCGACGUCUUAUUUAGCAGCGACAAAAAUAUUCAGAAACCAGCAACGGUCGAUACCCAGGUGAGUUAGCAUUAUCUGCCCAUAAAUCCGAGACUCCGAGACCGGAAGGCAAAAAAAAAAUUAGGGACUCCGAGAAGUCGAAAUCACCCGAAAACGAUAAAGUCGAGACUCAUCAAAAACGCGUCCGAGAUCUCGAGAUCAGGCCAAAAUUUUUCGAGACCUACGUUUUUCGAGGUGACAUUCUAUACCCGUGCCAGGAUUCUUCCGCCAUAUGCGCGGGACUCGUAGUUUUCUGCUAUUCCCAUUGGAAAGCUUACUAGCAAGCUACCUUUAUUGACCCAAAAUAUUGGGUCACCAACAAAUAACCUACUGCAAAUAUGGGUAUCAAACCCUUUUUUCCAAAGUAAUUGUAUUAAAUCCGUUCAAAUAAUAUAUAAAUUUAGGCAAGGAUAUAAAAAAAGGAGUUGCCGUUAAUAAAUAGACAUCCACUGAAACCUAAGCCUGCGAUAAUCGGAAACAAGCAACUUGUCAGGGGAGAACUUCAAAAAACAUGUCACCUCGAUGGGUUGACACCGGAGCCCGCAAUACGGUCAUAUGGUACUGGUCAGCUGAUACCUUGUUUUGCCAGUGACAAUUGUCAAUUGACCACGCCAAGGAUGUGCAGUAUCAGAUAACAGGCUCCCACACUAGCCAGAAAGUUUGACAUUUAAUGUUGUUUUCCCUGUGAUGCGGAAGGACGAGCAGUCGGGCUGAAGUACGCUCACAUGAUUACCAAAAUUUUUCGGAUGGAUAGAUUAGGAGCUCCACUCGCGCAUGCUUCGAGUGAUUGCGUCUACACCCCCGAAAAUUCUUACAGAGCGAUUUAAGCUACCCGUAAGAGAAAGUCGUCUGUUUUGGCUGAUGAAUUAUUCAACAUUUUCUCUUUUUUCUCCUUUCUUUUCUUUUUUUUUAUUUUUUAUCUAGAUUGUAACUUUCACGGACAACCCAUACUUAUGGUCGGAUGCCUCGACAUUAAUCAGAUCGUCCGUUUUGAGCCUGGAUUUAAAGAUGACGGAUGGAUCACACCUUCAGAUCUCUAAUCUUAGUGAGCCUAUAAAACUGUUCAUUCCAAUAAAGGAAUCAAAGGAAACGGAAAAUGCACAAGAUCAUUAUUUUGUUAACUCAAGUGUUAUUCAAUAUCACAAAGUUAAACUUAGAAGUGCCCUCGAAACUGUUUUUGUAAAAAUAAUAUCAGACAAUGAUGCUAUUUUAGACGUUUUUGUAAGUGCUGGUGUAAAACCAAAUGCGGAGAAUUACACCUUUACAAGACGAAUUCCGGACUCUGAUAACACUUCGUGUCUCGGAACUGGUUUCUUUAACUGUGCAAUCAACCCAUAUAUGUUUAAAUUUUCGAGCAACUUCACAGGAGAUCAUUUCAUAGGCAUCCGUCUGGUGUAUGACAGAACCAAGCCUGUGUUGAAAUCUAUUGCAAAAAGCCACGUCCGACGGAAGCGUUGGUGGAUUAACGUGAAGGAACCCCCCACGACUCCUAUCUCGACAAUAAAGGUAUUGCCAAAGUACGACAGUAAAACCGACGUUAAUUACUCAAUGUCAGUUAAAAUUAGGACCUGUCUCUACUGGGCUGAGAAAAAGCAGGAUUGGACAAGUGAAGGAUGCAAGGUAGGUCUUUUAGACUUUCCUCAUCAGUAUCGUUAGCUUGAUGUCCAUGAUUACCAUCACAAUUAUCAUUAACACAGUCAUUGCUUUUGACAUUGUCAUAAUUAUGAUCGUAUUCGUAAUCAUAAUCAUUAUCUCCAUCAUUGGCAUUAUCAUUAUCAUUGCCGUUAUCAUUAACACUGUCAUUGCCAUUGACAUUGUCAUAAUUAUCAUCGUAUUCGUAAUCAUAAUCAUUAUCUCCAUCAUUGGCAUUAUCAUUGUCAUUAUCAUUAUCAUUAACACUGUCAUUGCCAUUGACAUUGUCAUAAUUAUGAUCGUAUACGUAAUCAAAAUCAUUAUCUCCAUCAUUGGCAUUAUCAUUGUAAUUAUCAUUUACACUGUCAUUACCAUUGACAUUGUCAUAAUUAUCAUCGUAUUCGUAAUCAUAAUGAUUAUCUCCAUCAUUAGCAUUAUCAUUAUCAUUGUCAUUAUCAUUAACAAUGGCAUUGUCAUGGACAUUGUCAUAAUUAUCAUCGUAUUCGUAAUCAUAAUCAUUAUCUCCAUCAUUGGCAUUAUCAUUAUCAUUGUCAUUAUCAUUAACACUGUCAUUGCCAUUGACAUUGUCGUAAUUCAAAAGGUUGAGUUUGAUCGUCCGGGUGAACGUAGUCCUGAAUAGGACUGUUGUUGUUGACAGUGUCAACAGCAACAGUCCUAUUCAGGACUACGUUCACCCGGACGAUCAAACUCAACCUUUUGAAAUGACUCCUGGGUUCAAACCUUUCACAUUGUCAUAAUUAUCAUCGUAUUCGUAAUCAUAAUCAUUAUCUCCAUCAUUGGCAUUAUCAUUAUUAUUGUCAUUAUCAUUAACAAUGGCAUUGCCAUUGACAUUGUCAUAAUUCUCAUCGUAUUCGUAAUCAUAAUCAUUUUCUUCAUCAUUGGCAUUAUCAUUAUCAUUGUCAUUAUUAUCAACAAUGGCAUGUUAACUUUUGUUAUCGCUAUUGUCAUCAUCAUCACCGACAGCGUAAUCGCUAUUGUCAACGUCAUUUCCAUUUAUAUUGUCAUUGUCAUUGUCAUUACCAUAAUCAUUAUCAUUGUCAAUGUGGUUGUCACUAACAUCGUCCUACGUGCAGAGAUGACACCAUGUUCCUCACCAUUAAAUGUAAGCGAAUUUUGCUGGAUUUGAAAUCCAAGUUCAGAAAAACACAAAUAAGACGUCACUCUCUAUCUCCGAAAAGUUAACAAUAAAAUUAUUCAGACAUGUUAAACUAAGACCGUUCGAUUUCAAACUACGUAUGUCAUAUAAAAUAUACUGGUAGAAUGAAGAAUUUCCCACUUUCUAGUUUCGCGCGCUAUCGUUUUAACGGUAUCACGAGGUGCAGACCAGUUGUUUGGGCUAAUUUGGUUUCGUUUGUGGACUUGACCCUCUACUUUAGAAAAGCCCCUAUACAUAAAGGAUCAUUCGCGUGGAUUCUAUUUGUUUUGGGCGUUUGCGCUAUACUAAAAUGUUGUUUCCUGUUUAAAGGUUGGAUCGGAUGGAGGCAGUGGCACUCUGCAAUGUUUGUGCAAUCACCUGUCGGCGUUUGGAGGAAAUAUUUUUGUAGCUCCUAACCCUAUCGACUUUGAAACAGUUCGGAAACGAUUCAUAGAUCCAGAACCCGACGACUUUGUCGUUCUUGUAACUGUGUGCAUUAUAUUUGGCAUUUACUUUAUCGGUCUAGUACUUGCCCGUCGAGCCGACAAUAACGACAAAAGAAAGGUCAGUAUAUUAGCUUCAAGUAUUACUAAGAACCAGUUCAUUUAAAGCUACUUUUAUAGUAUAGAGAUUGCAGGAGUGAAUCCGCUACACGGUUAGCUCGGUUAAAUAGGGGAGAGUCUGUCGAGUUAAGCUCAUGAGUUCAAAUCCCGUUACAACUUUCAACCGGAGUUUUCAAAAAGCUUGUAAGAUCAUAUUGGCGGAUAAUCAAAAUCUUGUCUCAGUUCAGGUGAUUGCGUCCUAAUAUUUGGACGUUGAUGUAAGGCCGUCAGGCUUAAACGCUCAUCAAAUUUCACUUUUGUUAUUCGUUUGAUUGUCACGCAUGCUACUGGAUUGAUUUGCCACCCACCAACCCUGGGUUGUGAUUAUUACUCUCAUCGUUUUGGCGACUGUCACUUUUUCUGAACAUGAACAAUGACUUCUCUCCUUCAGACCUGCCUAAAGUUAUUGGCUACACGCGGUUCUUGUUAUUAGAACUGAUCAAUCUUAUAGAACACAGGGAGAACAAGAAAAGAUGAGGGAAUUAAUACUUAGGAAAGGGUAGAGCUGCAUCAGUGGACGAAAACUUAUGAUGUUACAAUUCAAAUUGUUUCCUAGAGAAAUGAAAAAAGUUUAAGGUUCCCCUUUAUUAGAUAAGAGAGGUAUCCGUAUCAACUUUCCAAUUCGUGACAUAACCAAUGUAUCCUACAAAGAAUGCUGGCCAUUAUUUUGUUGAGAGAAAAAAAAAAGCAGCGUAUCUUCGAUCAGCUUAACAGUUGCUCUUAUAUAUCAGCUUAACUUUUUAUAAUCUUUAUUUUAGGUCGUUGCAAAUGUGUUCAUAACUACAUCCUUAAAUAUGGAUGGCCACAAUACUAAAGGAGAAAGAGAGAGAGUGGAUAACCCAUGUCAGUUACAUUCAACCGCUGAUUCUUCUGACAAAAACGUUUACCACGUAAGCAUCGAAACGGGAAUGUGGAUGAACAGUGGGACAUCUGCAAAUGUUGUACUUAUAAUAAAUGGUGAAAAAGGAAGCAGCGGAGAAAUUUCGUUGACAGAUCCUUUGGCGAGGAGAAAAUUAUUUUCCCGUGGAAGUGUCAAUAAUUUCAUUCUCGCAUUGCCGAAUUCAUUGGGAAACCUUACAGAUAUCCUUAUAUGGCAUAACAACAAGGGAUCCAAUCCGGCAUGGUUUCUUCAAGAAAUUGUCGUAACCAACCAGCAAACAGAGGAAGAGUGGUACUUUUUUGCCCACCAGUGGCUUUCUCUAGACAAAAGAGGUGGCUCUGUUGAGCUCUAUCUUGAACCCAGGAAAAAGGACAGACUUGCGUUAUUUAAACCUCUCUGCUACGGAAGAACGGCGCGAAACUUAAGCGAGGGACACAUUUGGAUUUCACUGUUCACACGACCCCCUCAAAACCCGUUCACGCGAUGCCAGCGUUUAUCUUGCUGUCUUUCUCUUCUUUUAACGGCCAUGGCUACCAACGCUAUGUUCUAUAAAAGAGGCGAUUCUAAGACUGAUGACACCUUUAAAUUUGGGCCUCUAGUCAUGAGCUGGACACAAGUCAUAAUUGGAAUUGAAAGCAGUCUGAUAGCUUUGCCACCUAACUUACUCGUGGCCUUAAUGUUCAAGAACAUAAGAUCAAGCGGUGAAUUCUAUGAUACGGUAGAGGGACGUAAGAAAACAAAGACUCGGGGUUUCCUGCCACCGUUUUUUCUUUACAUCGCUUGGUUGUUUUGUCUUGCCAUUGCUGUGAUUGGAGCCACCAUUACGGUGCUCUAUAGUCUCACAUGGGGGGCAGAUAAGUCCAACCAAUGGUUGACAUCUAUACUGGUGUCCAUUUUUCAGGAUAUCCUUAUCAAUCAACCCGUUAAACUGUUAGCCUUCGCGAUAGUCCUAUCACUUUUGAUCAAAAAACCACCAGAGCAAACUGUCAUUGGGCCAUCUUUUUUCCAGAGCCCAGAGGUAAACCAAAUCAAGGCUACGUCCACCGAAGACAACAAAACUGAAAAGGAAGUCUGCAGUAAAAACUGGGACAUGGCUCAGAUUUUUAAAGAAUUUGCGUCGUUUCUGGUCUUAAGUAUCAUCCUCAUGUUUGUAGUUUAG